CGCACUUUCACCACGGAUCAACAGACUAUUCGUCGGGUAACAGAUCUCUAAAUCUGCAGCGCGACUGGGACCACAGAUUUGUGCAGUCACCAUGAUGGAAGAAGUAACGAGUGAUGAUCACGCAGCCACACCCCCACCGGCCUCACCAGUUUCAAGUGUGGCCCCCCCUGUCAAUCCAUUGACCCCGUCAACCUACGUUCCCCCUCCCCAGCCCUCUCAGAUGUACGUUCCCCCACCUCUUGCCUCCCAAGCUGGGACUCAGCCGCAGGGUUUCACUCCAUCCCAGGAUGCAUCGCAACCUCAGUCCCAGGUGUACACUCCAUCCCAGCAUCCCCUGUCGCCAGGCACACAGUCAGGCCAGCAGGGGGCAAGUACUGCCGUCUCGGUACCCUUUGAAGACAACACGUCUCCUUCACCCAACCACCAGGGGGCGUAUCAAAGCCAAGCAGGUGGUGGAGGGGGUGGGGGCUUAUUUGGCUGGGGGAGUAGCUUCAUGAAGAAAAUGGUAGAGAAGACCAAGAGUUCCGUAGACUCGAUGAUCACAACCUUAGACCCAGGAAUGGCACCCAUCAUAAAAUCAGGGGGUGAUGUGUAUGUUGUUGUGGCAUCCGACAAGGAGGUCAAAGUGGCUGCCGUGCGAGAUGCCUUCCAGAAGGUGUUCGGUCGGGCCACGGUUGUGGGCAAGCCCGGCCAGUCCAACAUCGCCCCUCAACCCGAGGGGUACGCGGCGGGGAGCAAAGGGGCCCAGGAGAGGAUCGAUAACCUCAGGCGGAACGGCUUUGUGGACGAGAGGCAAACUGUGGUGUCCGUCGAGAACUUCAUCGUCGAGCUUCUGCCUGAGAAGUGGUAUGACAUAGGUUGCGUGUUGCUUCAGGACCCUGUUUAUAACAUCUCCUUAGAAGCCUUCACCCAGGCCACGCCUGUCCCCUUUGACCUUGUGACCUCGGCGCAAUCCCAGACACCCCCAGACUACACCCUGCGGUGGUCAGGGCUGGCUGUAACCAUUGGUGAGGUGAUCGAACGUGACAUGCCGGGGGUGAGCCGUGCUGACUGGCACGUGGCAUUCACAGGGGUGUCACGCCGGGAUAUGAUCUACAGCACGGCAUUAGCACUGGCUGGCAUGUACCAGCUCAGGUUACCACUGAAGGCAGACACAAUAUAGCAGCACCAAAAGGGAAAGACAGAAUUAAGAUCAAAUUCUCCCAACCCAAACUCUGUAGUAGAAACAGAAGGAGUUCAUCAGGGAGAUGAUAACUUCAGCUGAGUUGCUUGUUGAGAGAAUUUAGUGUUUCUUAACUGAUCCAUACGUACACUUCAAUGAAGUCAAGAUUGGUAAGAGUUAAAGGUUCUUACUAGCAUUCAUUUUCAACUUUUUUACAAAUUUGAUGUUACGUCCAUUUACUCCCUUGGUUUGUUACCCAUGAUGACGACUCAAGCCCAAAUUAUACAAACACUCUCUGAACCCAUUAAGAUAACCAGGUGGCUAUAGUUCGCAACAGGAGAGAGUUUAUUAUAAGAAAUCAGGGUGCUGAUCGAAGUAAAAGUUGGAGCACGAAAAGGACUUAAAAUUUCGGUUUGAAGUGGUCAAACUUAAUCUUGAUUACACCCCUACUUGGUGACAAUGGUUCACAUAGCACAGUCUGCAAAGUGUAGAAUGAGACAAAUAUAGGACUGUAAACACCAAUGUUUACAUGGGACUGGCACUGAAAGAGGUUGGAAGCGAACAAGUAUUCAGUUUGUAAUUCUUUGUGUUUAAUUUGGAGUUGCUGAGCAACAGACAAAAGCCACAUGUGAUAGUGCAACUAGGGUCUAAUUUGGGGGUGGGGCACCAGAGGCCUCAUUUCCGGUGGGGCUGGGCUAAAGGUUUAUGUAUAUUUGUCUUCGGUCUUGGUUGUAAUUUCAAGCCAUAGAGUAGGGGGGAGUGCUCUACACCUCCCUAAAUAAUGAUGGUUUGGAACAGGUGUAAAAAAUGUAUAUUUUUCAUAUUUAAGAAUAUUUCUGUCAAGCUUUUGCUAGUUACUUAGUGCUGAAAUGUCACGAGGAAAGUUAUUAUUACUUUUGAGUUAUUUAAUGUGAAAACUGAGCUUCAUGUAUGGAGUUGAGGAUUUAUUUCUCUGAAAGAGUAUUUUUUAUAGGAAUAGGUUGUUGUGUCAUUUUUCAAUGGCAACGAAGUUUUGGAUAUUUUAUGCAGAAAACAUCUGCAGGCGGGAAGUGGGAAAUUAUAAAUAACCGCAGGAAAAUGUAAAAUUGAACAACAUGUCCCGGGUGACAGUUGAUGAACUGUUUCCUGGAGACGACUUUGGUGAUUUGCUGAUUUCCGUGAUGCCGUUUGUCACUUAAAGCCUGGUUUCCAUACCGACGUGAGAAACGCAGAGAUCAACGCAAUCAAGACACAAGCUGCAACGCAGAUAAAUGGAAACAUGUCAGACAGAAGUGUCGCCACAAACGCAAACCAGCCCCAGACGGAUCGGCAAAGUUGAGCCUAGUGCAACUUUGUCGACUGUGUUGAGUCUCUGAGUAGACCCAUACAAACACACCAGCUGGCAUGACGGGCGUACAGCGAUGUUUCUCUCGUUUAGUACCACUCAUUUGAUCCAUUUUAUCCUUAUUACUAGCAUAUCCAACCCCAACAAAAUAACUGAUCAUUAAUAAACUACACCAGUAUCAGUUUGGCUUCAAGAGGCAGCAUAGCCACCUGAAAGGCAUUUUUGGCGAAAAUUUUCCGAGUUUCGGGCGCCAUUUUGUUUAACUGUUUUGGUGAAAUGACGUCGCGCAGCGUCUCUUCUGCGACUGUCGGCGCCUUGACGUCUUGCAGACCGUCUGCGUUACAAACGACCAACGGAAACCAGGCUUUAUUUCGUCAAACAACAACACUGCUCAUAUCGCAGAAUACUUUCAUACAUUAUAAUUCAUCUGAGAUAUGAAAGGAGUCUCGCAGUGGGCUUUGCUGCUGUUUCAUGGGGCACACAUGCAGUUUUGGUUUUUCUUUUCUUAGGUUUUAGUAUUAGUGUUACUGUAUAAUAAAUUAAUUUUUUUCAAACAA